AUGGCAGACUCGGAUGGUGAAUAUGUGGAUGAUCUCUCAGAUGAUGAUAUUGGAGCCCCCGCCAUUGUAAAUGCCGGACAUGGCACGCGGUCUACUGGAGCUGCGGCGGGGCCCGCUGGAUCAACUACCAGAGAAAAGGCUACAAAUGGGGGAGGUAAUAGACGGAGAGCUGCCUGGGAAGACAUUCAGAGAAGUUGGGACACUGUUGUCGAAGGAGCAGAUGGUAGUAUCAAUUCCGCGGUUGAGGGGUUGAGGGAGGCCAACAAGAGGAAGAGAUUGCUGAGAGAUACAACGCCCUUACAGCGAGGUAUUAUCCGCCAUCUAAUACUCAUUCUCGAUCUAUCCUUCUCCAUGACAGAAAAAGACAUGCGCCCCACGCGCUACCUUCUUACUCUCCGCUACGCCAGCGAAUUCGUCACAGAAUACUUCGAACAAAACCCUAUCUCACAGCUUGGCAUCAUUGGCAUGCGCGAUGGCAUCGCAGUGCGUAUUUCAGAUAUGAGUGGAAAUCCUACCGAGCAUAUUGAACGAUUAAAAAGUCUCCGUGUAGACCAAGGUCAAGGAAAUCCUAGUUUACAAAAUGCGUUGGAGAUGAGCAGAGCCGCACUUUUCCACGCUCCAAGCCAUGGUACAAGGGAAAUCCUUAUUAUCUACGGUGCUCUUCUUACGAGUGACCCGGGCGAUAUCCACGAAACAAUCUCCUCGCUCAUAGCGGACCGCAUACGGGUUAGUAUUGUAGGCCUCGCGGCCCAAGUUGCCAUUUGCGCCGAAAUAUGCUCACGCACUAAUGCUGGGGAUGAUACGGCAUAUUCUGUUGCGCUGAACGAGGAGCACUUCAGACAAUUGAUGAUGGCGACUACAACGCCCCCGGUGACGCGUACUAAAAAACAAUCUCAUAGUAGUUUACUCAUGAUGGGGUUUCCAUCUCGGACACUCGGACCGGGGAAAAGUAUGAGUUUUUGCGCAUGUCAUGGCAAGUUAAGUAGAGGAGGUUACCUCUGUUCUCGCUGCGGUAGUAAAGUGUGCUCACUACCAGCCGAAUGCCCGGCAUGCGGUCUCACACUUAUCCUCUCCACCCAUUUGGCCCGCUCAUAUCAUCAUCUAUUCCCUUUGCGAAACUGGGUGGAAGUCCUCUGGAAAGAUGCAGGAAAAACUAGGGCUUGUUAUGGAUGUCAAGCACCUUUCCCGAGAAGGGAUGAGCACGAGAAGGGAGCACCAGAACCCGGAUUGAAGAGUAUGAGUGAAAGUGGGAGAUAUGCAUGUGAGGUCUGUGGAAAUCACUUUUGCAUAGAUUGUGAUGUUUUUGCACAUGAUGUGGUGCAUAAUUGUCCCGGGUGCCAGAGCGACACCAGAGGCUUGAUUAGUGGGCCUGCUGGGAGAGGAGCAGGAGGAGCUCCAGCGAGGACUACGGAAAAGGAUGUAGAUGCUAUGAUUGAAUAG